AUUGUCGAAGAAACGCCCACAGAAGACACGCCAGCCGAACUUGUUGAAUUACCUGAACAAACGACCGUUGAGGAACUCGAAACGCCUGAAGAUACAGAAACUUUAGAUUUGGAGAACAAACAGCCCCAGCCCAUAAAGAAGCACAAGAAAACAAUUAAGAAAAAGGAUAUUUCAACAGAGGAAGAUACAGUCGAUGCGUCAUUAGAUAAGCCCCAAAAAACACUAAUCGAGGAUGCCGAUGGAGCGACAACUAAAGAAAAGGCUAAUAAAAAACCAAAACUAAUUCCGAUUAAAAUUGAACGUAUGGAUGUUAAGCUAAGUGAAGCUCAGCAUCCUGAAAAUGUUGAAGGUCCGCAAUUUACUAAACUAAAGUUAAAAAAGCCUUCAUUGAAACCUAAACAAGAAGUUACGCAGAUUACAUUACCUAAGUUUCAAUUAAAGAGCCGUAUACGUUAUGUCAAUGAUUGGCCACCACAAGACAUCAAACCUGUAAUAACAUAUUUAGGAAGUGUAAGACAAAACGGUGAAUUAUCGAGAAAUAUCAAAGAAGCUUCAAAAAUAAAAAAGAAACCACUGAAAUUGCCAGAAAUACCAGAUUUAGAGAAAGUCAAACUUGAAGAACCUGAAAAAAUUGACUUUGAGUACAGUUCUCUUAAAUUAGAAAAACCUUGUUUAAUCUCACCAGAAAAUGCGGAAGUCGUAGACAUCACAGAAUCACCAUCACGUUUAAAGCCAACUGAUGACGAAAAAACGCCACUAGAAGAUGACAAGGUAGUGAAAACGAUUACUCCCACAGAGAUGUUGGAGGAACCUAAAGAAAACCAAAUAUUACCAUCACGUGACAAGCCAACUGAUGAAGUAAAACCGCUAACAGAAGAUACUCCCACAGAUGAACCUAGAGAUGAACAAAUGUCUGAAACUGAAGUGAGAGAAGAUUUCAGUAAGCCUAUUGUAGAAAAAUCUGAAAUACCUGAAGAGCUGCCACAAAAAACAAGCAAACAAAAGCCUAAAAAGCCAUCUAAAAAGGAAGGACACCCACAACCAGAUCAACCAGAUCUAAAAGAACCAGUAACGUCUACUGUUGAGAUGCCAAAUAAGGAUGUAAAGAAAAGUGAACCUGUGAAAAUAAUUGCACAGGAUGAGCAGCCUGCAAUGCAAGAAGAUUUAAUUGAACCCAAUAGCAUUGAGAAACAGGUACAGGAUACGCCUAUUUCGCCCGAGGAAGAUAAUUUAUCACCUAUAAAACUCGCAGAAAAGAAACCUAAAAAAACAAAGAAAAAAGAAGUCAAAGAACAAAUCACAGAGCCUAUUAAAGAAAACGUGCCAGACUACGAUAAACAGGAUGUUAAAGAUGAUUUUGUAGAAAACGAACCAGAAAUUAAGCCUGUAGAAGUUGAAAAACGUACUGAGAAAAUCAAUGAUGAUAAAAAGAUUAAAAAACAUAAAGAUACUAAGGCCAAAGAUAAAUCCGAGAAGCCUGAAGAAAAUCUUGUCACGGAAAUUGUAGAAGAAAAGCCCGUAGAACCUCUUAAAAAGAAAAUGAGUAAAUUAAAGCUGACACCUAUAACAAUAGAACGUAAGACCAUUAAACUAAGUCAGGCUCAACACGCUGAAAACGUUGAAUCUCCUCAGUUCACGAAAUUGAAAUUAAAGAAAACAAUUACUAAACCAAAACCAGAAAGUGCUACUACGCCAUUACCGAAAUUUCAACUAAAAAGUCGAAUAACUUAUGUGCGAGAUUGGCCACCUAAAGCUAACCUACCUCUUAUAAGUUUCUUAGGUAGUGUACGUCAAAACGGAAUUUUAUCAAGAAAUGUUAAAGAAGCCGCCAAAAUAAAGAAAAAAGUUUUUAAACAACCUGAAAUACCUGACAUCGAAAAAACAGAACUUGAGAAACCAAUGUUUGGGCACGAAGAUAUAAUUCAGACGAGAAAACAAAGUGAUGCAAAAAUAGAGGAUGACGAAACACCUGAACAAAUCAUAGAUGAUGAACCAGAACAAGUCACUCUUAAGCCUAGACGCCCUAGCGUCAAGAAGUCGGAAGAAAUAGUAGAUGAAGUCACAAUAAAAAAGAAAUUGAAGCCUUUAAGAAAAUCUUCCGUUACAUUGCCAGAAAUAACGGAACCUGAAAAUGUGACAUUCAGACCUAAAUCUACCAAAACAAAAGAAGAUGUUGAACAAGAAUUUAGUAUACAUUUGGACUCAUAUGCCGAAGAGGAAAUUUCUAUGUCUAGUAAAGUUAAACUAAAACCACAGAGACACCCUACGUUUAAUGAGGAAGCCAAUGAAGCAUCGAUCAAAUUUUACGAGGAAGAAGAAGAAGAAGGCCCUGAAAUAGUAGAAAUUAUGGACAGUGAUGAGGACAAAGCCGAUGAAAUGGCGCACGUUAUGAUGCCACUAAAAAAGAAAAUUCCAACUAAAACUGAACAGUUCGAGGAAAUAAGUUCAAGCGUUACGCUUCAUAAACCUAAAAAGGAGCAAGAUUCCGAAAUAACGCAAGACGUUGAAGUUACUUUGGGCAGAAAGCCGAAAUAUUCAACUGAAAAUCAGGAAGAAGUAAUAUUUGAUGUCAAACCACAAAAGGAACAGUACACACAAGAAGAAUUAUCUCUAUCAAGUAAAGUUAAACUUAAAGCUAAAAAGAAGGUUACUGUUUCCGAAGCGGCAGAUGAGACAUCAAUUCGAUUAACACAAGAAGUAGAAGAUGAUAGCCAGCAAGAAGAAAUUAUUAUUAGCGAAGCGGAAUCUGAAGAAAAUAUUGAAAUGGUUAUUAAGCGUAAACCCAAAAAACCGGCAUACGAGGUUAGUGAAAUAGAAGAACUGAGUGUCGACUUGAAGCCUUCUCGGCAGAAGGCUGACACUUAUGAGGAAGAGCAACUUACCAUUUUAGCCAAACGAAAACCUAGAAAACCAUCUCAACUGCAGGAGGCAGAUGUAUCAAUGAGUAUCGCGAGAGAACAAGAAUUUCCAGAAACCCCGCUCGACGUACGAAGUGGCGACACUGUAUUUGCAGUAUAUUCAUACGUGGCUGAAACUGAUGAAGCAAUUAACCUCGUGGAGGGUGAACGACUAUACAUACUAGAAACAACAAAUCAAGAUUGGUGGUUCGUUCGCAAACAUCUGACAGAGGAGAAAGGCUGGGUUCCUGCACAGUAUUUGAUGGAUGAAGCCAACUAUACACUGUAUUUACAGAAAAAGUUAAAUGAGAAAAUCGAUAAGCUUCCUGUAUUUGAGAAACCAGCAUCAGAGGAGCAAGCUAAAGCUCCGAUUUUCGUAGAGAAAUUGCGACCAAAACAUACACCGGAUGGUUCAACUGUACAAUUUGAGUGCCAAGUAGAAGGGUAUCCAAGGCCACAAAUAACAUGGUUUAGACAAACUGCUAUUAUUAAACCAUCACAGGAUUUCCAAAUGUACUACGAUGACGAUAACGUCGCUACUCUUGUUAUUCGAGAAGUAUUUCCUGAAGAUGCGGGUACCUUUACGUGUGUAGCCAAAAAUGCUGCUGGAUUUGCAUCAAGUACUACCGAGCUCGUAGUAGAAGCUCCUCUUUCAGAUCACGGUUCUGAAAUGACCAUUUUAUCAAGAAAGAGUCUUUCCCGAGAGUCGUCUCUGGCUGAUAUCCUAGAAGGCAUACCCCCAACAUUUUCUAAAAGACCAAAAGCACAAUAUGUUGAUGAAGGUUCACAAAUAUUCUUAGAAUGUAGACUGGUAGCUAUUCCAGAACCUGAUAUUGCAUGGUUCUUUAAAGGAGAAGAAAUAAUCCCCGAUGAAAACAUAUCAGUGGCUACUGAAUCGGACAUGCAUAUGUAUUGCAGUGUGCUAAAAGUAUCAAAUGUUAAGAAAUUCCAAGAAGGGACAUACACAGUUCUAGCGGUAAAUAGGGAAGGUGAAGCUAGUUUGCCUAUUGUACUCAAAAUAAAAACGGGUCAAAAAGAAAAACCACAAGUGAUAGAACCAUUAAAGAGCAUGACUAUAAGAGAAGGUGAAAGUGUGGUCUUAACUACACAAGUUGUUGGGAAUCCGCAGCCAAAGGUUACCUGGUAUAGAAACAAUGUUCCAAUAAAAUCACAAACUACAAAAACAGACGGCGACACACAUACUAUAACAAUAAUUAAGCCCAAAAAGGGCAAAGACGAUGGUGUUUACAGUUUAAAAGCUGUCAACUCUGAAGGAUCUACAGAAACAAAUGCUGUCAUAACCAUAGAAGAACCCACUGAGGAAAAUGCAGAACCACCUCUCUUCAUCAACAGAUUCCAAGAAAUAACUGUCAAAGAAAAAGGAACUAUAAAACUAGUGGCAAGAGUUACAGGAAAUCCGGUGCCAACUAUUACAUGGUACAGAAACAACCAAAUCAUUACCCCAUCGAAUACCGUCACUCAAACUUUCGAUGGAGAAAAUAUUCAAUUAAUAAUAACGAACGUUGAUUCUGAGAUCGAUUCUGGUGACUACAAAUGUGUCGCCUCAAACAGCGCAGGCAAAGCAUCUCAUGGAGCUCGUGUGACAAUCGAUGUUGAUAAAGUAACUUUUGUUAAAAACUUACAAAACAUAUAUGAAAUUGAAGAGGGAAAGACAGUUGUCUUGGAGUGCCAAACAUCUCAUACAGUGUCGACCAAAUGGUACCAUAAUGAUCAAGAACUUAGCGGCAUGGAUCACAGAGAGAUUAUACAAGAAGGACGAACUCACAAAUUAAGAAUCAAAAAGACUAAGUUAACUGACGUCGGAAUAGUCAAAUGUGUUGUCAAAGGACAAGAAACAAGUACAAAAUUAAUAGUUCACGAAACCAUUCCCGAGUUUGUACGUAAGUUACAAGACUUUGAAGUGAAAGAAAGAGAUAUUGCUAUCUUAGAAGUUGAAAUCAAUUCAGAAACGGCAGAUGUAUUUUGGGAAAAGGAUGGAGAAAGAAUUAAACCUAAGAAAAAUAAGUAUGAUUUAGAAAAACGAGGCAAUGUACGUAAGCUCUUCAUUAGAAAUACCUCAGUGCACGACGAAGGAGAAUAUACUUGUAUACUACGUGAUGAUACUUGUACGGCUGAGGUGACAGUUGUCGAAUUACCUCCUGAAAUAAUAUCAAGGCUUCAAGAUCAAAAAGUUAGCAAAGGUAACAAAGCUAUAUUCGAAAUAGAACUGACUAAAGGUGACGCAUUAGUUCGCUGGUUCAAAGAUGGAUCAGAAAUUCAAUUUUCCAACCAUAUACAGUUAACUAUUGAUGGCAAGAAGCAGAAAUUAAAAAUAUAUGACACUGACAGUAGUGAUGCUGGUGAAUAUUCAUGUGAAGUGGGCAGCGACAGAUGUGCAGCUAAGCUGACCGUAGAAGAGCCUUCAGUCAAUUUCGUACUUAGACUUCCAGAAGUUAUUGUAGUUCCUGCUAAUACUGAUGCUUACCUAACAGUCCAAAUACCUGAUGAGACGCAAGAGGUAAUAUGGUACAAAAAGAAAUCCGUGUUGGAAGACACGGAAAAGUAUACACUUAUAUCAGACGUCAUGAAACGUACAUUAAUAAUAAGAAAAUGUACUGAAGAAGACCAACAUGAAUACUCUUGCACAUUAUUAGAUGCCAAGUGUUCCACAAAACUGAUUGUAGAAGUUCUAGAAUCUCCACCUCGCAUUGUUGAGUACGAUAAGGAAUACAGAGUAAAACGAGGCAAUGAUGUGGUUCUGAAUGUACAAUAUGAAGCUAUACCACAACCUAAUGAUGAAUGGGUAGUUAAUUCGAAAAUUAUUAAGAAAACGAAGCACACCAGACCGCAAAUCGAUUCCGUGUGCGCCAGCUUAACAAUUAAAAAAGUUGAGCAUACGGAUGCCGGAGUUUACAAACUUAGGCUUGAAAAUAACUGCGGAGAAGCGGAAGUAGACGUUGCCGUCGUGGUUUUGGAUAUACCAUCACCGCCUGGAAAACCAAACAUUUUGGAGACAAGUGAUACGUUCAUCAACAUUUGUUGGGAUGAACCAUCGGAUAAAGGUGGAUCGGAGAUAAACUUCUAUGUUGUGGAAUACCAAGAAAUAAAUACAUCAGAAUGGAUAUCUAUCGAAAAUAUAACUAAAACUCAACAAGCUGUGGUCAAUUUAAAAAAUAAAUCUUCGUACAGAUUCCGUGUAUAUGCUAUUAACGAAGUUGGUGUAAGUGAAUGCUCAGAACCGACAGAAUAUGUCAGAGUAGAAAAAGUACUUAAGUUCCAACCACCUACUGUUGAGAAGCCACUGAAGGAUGUCAUCAGUGCACCAGAAGAAGAUGUGGAGCUGGUUUGCAUAUUUGGUGGUAUUCCACAACCCCAAGUGACAUGGGUAAAGGACGGUAUGAAACUAACAACCGCUAAAACUUUAUAUGAAAACAGAGUAGCUACUUUGGUCGUUACUUCUUCAGAAAAAUCAGAAGGGUUAUAUCAGUGUAUUGCAACUAAUGAACACGGUGAGGCUGAAACAUCAUGUAAUUUGGAAAUUCAAUUGAAACCUAUUAUUACAAUACCAGAAAAAGACAUAAACCAGAAACGCCGUGUAGGUGAAAAAUGGUCUAUAACGGCUAGUGUUAAGGGUAUACCUACACCAUCCAUCUGCUGGUACAGAAAUGGCUCUAAAAUUGAAAAAUCAAAGGAGAUUCAAAUAUCCUCUACAGAGGAGACCAGCACCAUUACGAUAUCUCAGUUAGAAAGAACUCAUACUGGCAAGUACACCAUUGAAGCACAAAACAAAGCUGGCACAAGUACGGUUGAGCUCUCACUUCGGGUUUAUGACAAGCCAAGCAAGCCUGAAGGGCCAGUGGUUAUGAGAGAGAUCAGUCGUGAGUCUGUGACGAUUGAAUGGAAGCCGCCACUAGACGACGGAGGAUUGGAGCUGACCAAGUAUGCCAUCGAGAAGCACGAGCCGGAGACGGACCAAUGGAUCAAGGUGGCAGACGUCGACAAGAGCGUCGAGACCUACUGCAUUCAGAGGCUAAACGAGAACUGUGAAUACAUGUUCCGUAUAAUGGCACAGAACCCCAUCGGCUUCUCAGAGGCUCUGGAGAGCGAGCCUAUAGUGAUCAAGACUGCUCUAGACGUUCCAUCCCCCCCACUUGGUCCGCUCGGACUGUACGGAAUAGACAGCAAUUCCCUGACCGUGGUGUGGUACCCGUCGGAGAGGAACGGCGGGGCACCCAUCCUCGACUACAGCGUGGAAAUAAAACAAGAAGGCAAGAAAUGGAAGCAAGUGGCCACCGUCAACGAAACUCAGGCCAAAAUUGAAAAACUCAGUGUUAAUACUACAUACCAAUUUAGGAUAUGCGCAAGAAAUGAAAUUGGUACUAGUCUACCUUAUAUUUCCGAUGAAAAGAUUACCAUAGGAAAGACUUUAUCGCCCCCGUCGCAGCCGCGCAGCUUCGUGGUCCGGGAGACCACGUCCAGGUCCGUCACGCUGCAGUGGGCCGCGCCCGAGAGUGACGGAGGAAGCGUCAUUACAAAUUACAUUAUCGAGUACAAAAUACUGAAAGGCAAAUCAUGGAGCAAGGUAGUGACCGUGAGUGGGUCAGUGUACGAGCACUGCAUCGAGAACAUCAAGGAGAAGGAGCUGGUGUUCCGGAUCUCAGCAGAGAACGCUAUCGGAGUCAGUCUGCCCGCAGAGUCGCAGACUGUGAGCUUGGAGAAGCAUGCGACCGUACCAUCACCGCCUACCGCGCCGCUGGAGAUCCGCAUGGUGGGCAGCAACAUCGUCAUGACCUCGUGGGGCACGCCCGAGUGGGACGGCGGCGCGCCGCUGCUCGGCUACAACAUCGCCAUCAGGGACGUCACCAAGACCAUGUGGAUGGAGGUCGGCAAGGUCGACGCCCACACGCUCAAGUUCGCCAUCAGAGACUUGAACGAAAACCACACCUACAUGAUCAGAAUCUACGCCAGGAACGAAAUAGGCAUCAGCGAGCCGCUGGAGUCCGAUGAGCCCUUCAAGGUCGAACCUGGAGAAGAUUCACAUGCUGACGAAGAGGCUGGCGAGCACACGGAGGCCACGGAGCCCACGUCGUUCAGCACGCAGACCACGACGUCGUGGCUGCGCGACCACAACAUGGACGCCGACAUCCGCUCGUACGCGCGCGGCUCGCUGCUGCGCCGCGACGAGUACUUCUUCAGGAUAUGGCAUUACGCUAAACAGCUGUUCAAGUAAAGCGACGCCGUCGCACAAACGAUUACCUGUGAUAUUUAACGACAAAUUGUUCAUAGUUGGCGGAUUGCAGUGUUUAGACGUAAUCACAUGUCAGGCAGUGCGUCCAACCUCGAUUUUAUUAUUUUGUAAUUUUCUAAAGCGAUUUUGAUACUAUGAUAAUUUCAAAUAUUUAUUCUAGAUAAGAUUUAAAUUAUUUAUUUAUUUAAUUUAUUGUACCUAAUAGUAAUUCAAAUUCAAAAUUUCUGAUACAUAAGUUUGAAUCUCAUUCAAUAAAAUUUACGGGAGACGUUUUUAAAUAUAGGUGCACAUUUUCGAUAAAUUGAAUGAGGUUCGAAUAUAUUAUCAGAAAAUAUAA